CUCAGUUGUGGCGAGAAAGUGAACAGACUCUUCCUCAAUCUCAAGAGUUGCCAGUGUAUCAUUACUUAAAUCCAACAACAGUGAAACUUCUACCAGACCAUCGAGAUCAUCUCCAGUUGUUUCUUGUCGUCCUCCCAUCGACAAGACAAACCUUAAGGAUCAGUAUCGACCGCAAAUUUCCACAACCAUCCAACAAGUCGACGGUGGAAGGAAGAUGGGCGCCAUCGACAAGAAAUGCAUCUGGAUAUCACUGCUUUUCAUCUUAAUGCCAGCGAUUUUGGCAUUAGAAUUGGACGACAAAUCCGUUCAGGAGGUCCAUCCAAUCUAUGUCGGCCAAGAAGACGCCAUCAGACCACGGUUCAUCAUUACAGCCCGUGCGUUAGAAGAACCCAUCGAUCUGAUUGAACACGAAACUGAAAGCGAACAAGAUGCGACGGAACAGGCGACCGAUGAAACCAAUGAGACGGGAGAAACCGAAGAAGCGGUGACAGAUGAGCGAUUCCAUAGCACCGAAAGCGGAUUAUUCACUUCAACAUCGGCUCCUUCGUACUCAACCGAAAUGGCCUCUACCGUUCCUAGUACCGAACAGAACAUCGUAGCUCGGAUUGGUGAAGCUGCCGACACUUCAGCUAUUCUAAUUGACACAUCUUCGUCUAUUCACGAAGAAGUAAUCAAGGAAGAUGAUGAUCUAAACACUUCGUCGACCAACUUAGACGUCCAUCACCGGAGAACAGACCCUGAUGAUGAAGGAGACCAUCAGGUGCUAUACGCUAAACUCAAACAUCCCAUCAGACCUUCGCUAGGCAAUUUUCCUGAUCACACGGAAACAUCGGUUGGCUCUAUUUUCGGACGGCCAUACAACGCUAGACCCUUCGGACUACCACCACGGCCCACUACAACCGAUCAGGGUAUCGGCCUCUUCCCAAGUUUUCCGCAACGACCAGUUCCUAAUCCAGAUGGUGAAAUACCGUCUCCCGAUCACUGGAACAAACCCAACCGAUGGGAAAAAGAAAAAGCGGCCAAUCAGCGUUUCAACAUGACUCGAGUUCUAAAUAUUGAAGCUGAGUGUCAGAAUGACUACAUGAAGAUCAAACUGCGUUUUAACGGAUCCUUCAGCGGCAUCAUCUACUCCACCGGGUUUGCUUACGAUCCACUCUGCGUCUACGUCAACGGGACCGGUCGUGAUUACUACGAAUUCUACAUCCAACUGAACCGUUGCGGUACACUGGGUGGCAACACGCACAAUCUGGACAGCCGCAAACAACCGACGAAAAAUUUCAUGUGGAACACGCUGAGCAUCCAGUAUAGUGCGCUCAUCGAGGAAGAAUGGGACGAGCAUUACAAGAUGACUUGCGAAUAUGGCUACGAUUACUGGAAAACGGUCACUUUUCCUUUUUUAGACGUGGGGGUGGCAACCGGUAAUCCGAUGACGUUCACGCUCACCCCGCCAGAAGCCCACAUGGAAAUCCGUUCCGGCUACGGUACAACAGGUGCACGAGUCACUGGACCGGUUCGCGUUGGUGAUCCAUUGACAUUGGUCGUCUACAUGCGUAGCCAAUUUGAUGGAUUUGAUGUCAUCGUUAGCAACUGCUUCGCUCACAACGGUGCUACUAAAAAGAUCCAAUUAAUUGAUGAGAACGGGUGUCCAAUCAACGAAAAGCUCAUAAGUCGAUUCCGGGGCACAUGGACGGAUGCGGGACUAUACGAAACUCAAGUCUUCGCCUACAUGAAAGCUUUCCGGUUCACUGGAAGUCCAGCUCUGUACCUUGAGUGCGACAUUCGAAUGUGUCACGGACACUGCCCGACUCAACCGUGCUACUGGAGGAACAGUCGCGAGCUAACAAAGCGUGACACGAAUUCUGUCGCAAGAAGCGCUAAAGCCAACACGACCCUGUCCGAAAAUCUCAGCUUGUUCCAGGCCCUGCAAGUCAUCGCUGAUGAUGAGACGGCAGCUGAUGAGUUAUCCAAUAAUUUCACGGCUGAUCAAAAGACGAGUCAGAGUGGAUCUGAUUCAGAUCACAUUUGCCUCAAACCUGUCGCCAUCGGAGCUCUUGUUGGUUUAUCUGUCUUGAUUUGCACGAUCUUGAGUAUCGUCUUGUGCAUUCUGUGCGUGCGUUUGCGUCACCGCUCGCAGUCGGAAAGCUCCCUCUAUCACCAGCACUACGGACCACCUCCAUCUGUCGACAGUCAGUUUGGCAGCCACAAACAUCGAUCCAAUUUUCAGUAGCUUAAAAUCACAUCAGCCCAACAA